AUGAAACUCCUAAAAGGACUGCUGUUUAAAGAUGGCAGACUCUUUAGCCGAUGUCAAGGUCUUUCCACAGUUCGAUGGUCACUUGUCGAACAGUAUUCCUUCUCAGCUGCUUAUCACUCUUUGCUGCCCUGUGAUCAUCGGAAUCUUGUUUCUGCUGCAGUUGGGAUCCUAAAACACCAGCGUUCUAAAUCCCGAUGGUCUUACCUCCAUUCUCUUUUUACUUCAACACAUGAAGGCCUGACCCCAUCUCACUUUUCACAAAUUGCCCUCCAAAUCCGAAACAAUCCUCAUCUCGUGCUCAAUUUCUUCCAAUUCACUUCUAACCAAUCUCUAUGUGUUCACUCCCUUUCAUCCUAUGCUACUGUGAUUCACAUUCUCUCUCGCUCCCGCCACAAAACAAAAGCCCAAGAAUUGAUCCAUUCUGCUAUUAGGCGAUUUCCAGGGUCCAAUAUAGCAAGUCCACCUCCAAUAUUCGAAACAUUGAUGAGAACUUAUAGAACUUGUGAUUCGGCACCAUUUGUAUUUGAUUUGUUAGUGAAAGCUUGUGUAGAAUCCAAAAGAGCUGAUCAGGCUGUUGAAAUUGUUAGAAUGUUGAGGUCGAAAAGUGUGUACCCUGAUAUAAGGACUUUAAAUUCUCUGAUCGAGCUGGUCACAAACAUUCAGGGCUGUUUUGCUGGUUAUGAUUUUUACAAGGAAAUCUUUGGGCGCAUUGAUGUGGAAAACUGGGCCACAAGUAGUAAUAACGGGAUAAAAAUUAAGAGGCCCAAGCUAAAUACGUUUAACAUUAUGAUGGUUGCUUUUCUGAGAGAUGGCUUGGCCACAAAAGUGGAGGAUGUAUGGAAAGAAAUGGUUAGGGUGAAAUGUGCACCGAAUAUCUACAGUUAUAGCAUUCUGAUUGAGGCAUAUUGCUCAGACGGGAAGAUGGAUGAUGCUGUUAGGGUGUGGGAUGCAAUGAGGCUUGAUGGUUUUCAGCAUGACAUUGUCGCUUAUAAUACCAUGAUUGGUGGUUUUUCAAGGUUCGGGGAUGUUAAGAAAGCCGAAGAGCUCUUCAGAGAAAUGUUUGUGAAUGGCGUGGAAAGUACAAGUGUUACUUUCAAGCAUCUCAUAAUGGGAUACUGCAAGUUGGGAGAUGUCGAUUCAGUGAUCCUUUUAUACAGAGAUAUGUCUAGAAAUGGUUUUGCCAUGGAGAGUACAACCCUUGAUGCGAUGAUUAAGGUAAUCUGUGAUGAUCAAAAGGUCUCGGAGGCCUUUGAGAUAUAUAAACAGGUGAUAAAGAAACAUAAUCAUGUGUUUCCAAAGAAGGAGAGUUUUGAGUGUCUGAUAAAGGGUUUGUGCCGAGAAGGGAGAAUGGAGGAAGCAUUAACACUUCAGGCUGAGAUGACUUGCACAGGUUAUGAACCAGAUGGAGAAAUGUAUGAUGCUUUUAUUGAUGGAUAUGUUGAACAUGGAAAUGAAGAGAUGGCUCGAAGGCUCAGAGAGGAGAUGAUAAGACUUUCAACCCCUACUGAGAAUAGUCUCAAAUCAGGACCAAACGCAUAAAGCUUGAUAAGUUGGUGAAUUAUGGAGUUUCUCGAAGAAAAAAAAAGGUUGGGGAAUUAUGGAGCCAAACAAAAGGAUGGAUGAUGGAUUGAUUGAAUUCCAACUUGAAUUUCCAACCCCAAAAAAAGUAGUAUAUUUCAUCAGGAAAAUAUGCAUUGGUAAGAAUUUACUUCCGCCGGACUGUUACGCCCAUGCACCAAAAGCUCGCUAAAGCGAGUGAAGAAAUGGGUCUUCAUACGCUUAGGACGAUCUACAAUUCAUCCAAGGUCAAAACUUUUGGCUGGUUCAUGGCACAUUUGAUCAAUGGGAAAUCUUUGAGUCAGAGUCAGAGCCCGGGUCAGGUUGUUCUGAGGCUAUCAAAAUCAUUCUUCUUCCAAGCGCCACUUUUCAACCCUAUUUUCGAGGUCAAUACCAAAUCAGACAGAAUACCACAUCACAUUAGCUGAUCUUCAAGGCAUUUAUAUUUUUAUUUUUCUUUCAAUCCUUCUUAGGGUUGAUUCUUGGUUUUUUGCGUAGUGUCGAUUAAUUUCAACAUUCAUGUAUAUGUUAUUGUUGUCAAAAGCUCUCCAUAAAUUUUUCUCUUUCAAGGUAAAGCUCUUUAUAAAUUAUUAAACAAGUUUU